GGUAGCGCCGGACUCAGCAAGGCAUCAGUCCGCCGCGGCCGGGGCUGGGGCGUGGGUUGCUGCUGGAGGUGGAGCUGGACGCGGAGGAGCUGAAGCUGGGCCAGGGCGGAGCGCUACGCCGCGCCGGGGCCGCAGAGAGGGGCGUGUUGCUGCCGGCCCACCGCAGGCCGCCUCCGGCCCGCGCCGGGGCUCCCUCCAGCCAGGCCGCCUGCCUCCGUCUUCCGCCUCUCUCCAUUUCCCCGGGAUCUCAGCCCGGCGCGCCUGCACCCCGGCCCUUCUCUGGGUGGGGAAGCCCCGGGCCGCUUUCCGGCUUCACUCCUUCCUGGCAGCUUGGGCUCCCAGCCCCCUCUCUUCUUUUCCUGGACUGGCUCCCACCCUGUUCGGUCCCCUUCCUUUAGCUCAGGCUCCCUGUCCCUUCCCUUAGCCGAGCCCCAGCUCCUCAGUCACUCUCCUCAGCAGAGGGUCUCAGCCUUCCUCCUUCCUUUUCCUUGCCUCGUCCAACCUAUCCUGCCCCGUCCUCUGUCCCUAGGACGCAGUCUCCUCCCUCUCCGCCUUUCCCAGGCCCGGAGUUCCCGACCUUUUGGUGUCCUAUGGUCCUUCCUGGGUUCUCAUCUCUUUUCCUCAGUUUGGAGUUCUGGAUCGCAAACCCAGCCUCCCUCCACCCCGAGAGGACCGCUACCACAAAAAUAUCUCUCCAAACAUGAACGUUUCCUAGGGACUACCCUACCCCAGUCUCUCUUCCCACCUGCUGACCCCUUGCUACCUAUGUCCCAGGUCUUAGGCUCGCUUUGCUAAGGCCAAGGCCUCCUGGGUGGAGGGAGCAGCACAAUGCUUCCGUGGUCUGGCAUCUGUGGCCUCUCUCCACCGCGAAUCUUCCCGUCGUUGCUGGUGGUGGUUGCCUUGGUGGGGCUGCUACCUGUUCUCAGGAGCCAUGGCCUCCAGCCCAGCCCUACUGCCAGCACCAUCCGAGGCUCAGAGCCACCACGGGAACGCUCAGUUGGGGAUGUUACCACUGCCCCACCGGAGAUCACCCCCGAGAGCCGCCCCGUUAACCAUUCUGUCACUGAACACAGCAUGAAGACUCGAAAGGCCUUUCCAGUCCUGGGCAUCGACUACACACAUGUGCGCACACCCUUCGAGAUCUCCCUCUGGAUUCUGCUGGCCUGCCUCAUGAAGAUAGGUUUCCAUGUGAUCCCCACUAUCUCGAGCAUCGUCCCAGAGAGCUGCCUGCUGAUCGUGGUGGGGCUGCUGGUAGGGGGCCUGAUCAAGGGUGUGGGCGAGAAGCCCCCCUUCCUGCAGUCGGAUGUCUUCUUCCUCUUCCUGCUGCCUCCCAUCAUCCUGGACGCGGGCUACUUCCUGCCGCUGCGGCAGUUCACCGAGAACCUGGGCACCAUCCUGAUCUUCGCUGUCGUGGGCACACUAUGGAAUGCCUUCUUCCUGGGUGGCCUCAUGUACGCUGUGUGCCUGGUGGGGGGCGAGCAGAUCAACAACAUCGGCCUCCUGGAAAACCUGCUCUUUGGCAGCAUCAUCUCGGCUGUGGACCCUGUGGCCGUGCUGGCCGUCUUCGAGGAAAUUCACAUCAAUGAGCUGCUCCAUAUCCUUGUCUUCGGAGAAUCUCUGCUCAAUGACGCCGUCACUGUGGUCCUGUAUCACCUCUUUGAGGAGUUUGCCAACUAUGACCGCGUGGGCAUCGUGGACAUUGUCCUCGGCUUCCUGAGCUUCUUCGUGGUGUCCCUGGGUGGGGUGUUUGUGGGCGUGGUCUACGGAGUCAUCGCAGCCUUCACCUCCAGAUUCACCUCCCACAUCCGCGUCAUCGAGCCGCUCUUCGUCUUCCUCUACAGCUACAUGGCCUACCUGUCAGCCGAGCUCUUCCACCUGUCGGGCAUCAUGGCACUCAUUGCGUCAGGAGUGGUGAUGCGCCCCUACGUGGAGGCCAACAUCUCCCACAAGUCCCACACGACCAUCAAAUAUUUCCUGAAGAUGUGGAGCAGUGUCAGUGAGACCCUCAUCUUCAUCUUCCUUGGCGUCUCCACGGUGGCUGGCUCCCACCACUGGAACUGGACCUUUGUCAUCAGUACCCUGCUCUUCUGCCUCAUCGCCCGCGUGCUGGGUGUGCUGGGCCUGACUUGGUUCAUCAACAAGUUCCGCAUUGUGAAGCUGACCCCCAAAGACCAGUUCAUCAUCGCCUAUGGGGGCCUGCGAGGGGCCAUCGCCUUCUCCCUGGGCUACCUCCUGGACAAGAAGCACUUCCCCAUGUGUGACCUGUUCCUCACUGCCAUCAUCACCGUCAUCUUCUUCACUGUCUUUGUGCAGGGCAUGACCAUUCGGCCCCUGGUAGACCUGUUGGCUGUGAAGAAAAAGCAAGAAACAAAGCGCUCCAUCAAUGAGGAGAUCCACACACAGUUCCUGGACCACCUUCUGACAGGCAUCGAGGACAUCUGUGGCCACUAUGGCCACCACCACUGGAAGGACAAGCUCAACCGGUUUAAUAAGAAAUACGUAAAGAAGUGUCUAAUAGCCGGCGAGCGCUCCAAGGAGCCCCAGCUCAUUGCCUUCUACCACAAGAUGGAGAUGAAGCAGGCCAUCGAGCUGGUGGAGAGUGGUGGCGUGGGCAAGAUCCCCUCCGCCGUCUCCACCGUCUCCAUGCAGAACAUCCACCCCAAGUCCCUGCCUGCCGAGCGCAUCCUGCCAGCACUGUCCAAGGACAAGGAAGAGGAGAUCCGCAAAAUCCUGAGGAACAACCUGCAGAAGACCAGGCAGCGGCUGCGGUCCUACAACAGACACACACUGGUGGCAGACCCCUACGAGGAGGCCUGGAACCAGAUGCUGCUCCGGAGACAGAAGGCCCGGCAACUGGAGCAGAAGAUCAACAACUACCUGACUGUGCCAGCCCACAAGCUGGACUCACCCACCAUGUCUCGGGCCCGCAUCGGCUCAGACCCAUUGGCUUAUGAGCCGAAGGCCGACUUGCCUGUUAUCACCAUUGACCCAGCCUCCCCGCAGUCACCUGAGUCUGUAGACCUGGUAAACGAGGAGCUGAAGGGCAAGGUCUUGGGGCUGAGCCAGGACCCAGCUAGAGUGGCCGAGGAGGACGAGGAUGACGAUGGGGGCAUUGUGAUGCGGACCAAGGAGCCCUCCUCUCCAGGCACCGAUGAUGUCUUCACCCCUGGGCCAAGUGACAGCCCUAGCUCCCAGAGGAUACAGCGCUGCCUCAGUGACCCCGGCCCCCACCCUGAGCCAGGGGAGGGAGAGCCUUUCAUCCCCAAGGGGCAGUAGCCCUGGGACCAGCGGGCACUGCCCAGCCCACCACAGACUCUCCCGCAAGAGCAGGGCAGCUGGGGGGCUCCCCUCGUCCUUCCUGGCCUGGGCUGGCCCCGCCCCUCCCCACUGCAUGGCAGCUGGGCCCACAGCCCCCACCGCAGCACGGCUUCCCCCUGCCUCCUGGGAAGCACCUCCUCUCACCAGAACUUCCCUCCCAGUCCAUUUGGCAGAACUGCUGGGCUGUGAGGCAAAACCCUGCCCCUUCCUGAUCCAGACUGCCCCCCACACCUGGGCUGGGGCCCCUGAGUUUCCCAGACCUCAGAGGCCUGCCCUGGCUCCAUCACCCCCCUCAUCCAAACCAAUCUUAGUUUCUAACCAAAGAGCUUCUGGCUCAGCCUCAGUCCCACCUGGGAAGGGAAGGAGCCCAGACAUCCCUUGGCCUGCGCCAGGCCCUCCAUUAACAGGGGAAAGACUAGGGGGACCAGGCAUCUGACUGGGAGAGGGAUUGGGGACCCAUGACAGUCCCAUCCUGCUCCUGCCGGCUCUGUCGCCCUGGCCAGCCACCCCGACCUGUCCUUACUCAGAGCUGCAGGCUGAGGGCACUCUGAGUUUCUCUCUUUGGAGCUGGGGUGCUUUGGACAGUGAUGUGACUCAGCUUUCCAAACUGCUCCUCUGGGGACCACUGGAUCCUUCAGGGGCCACUGUCAGGGGAGGGACUGUCACAGGCUCCAGAAAGUGCUGCCUCUUCAUCUGUUCCAUUUGUUCAAACUUCCAUGUACGAUUCUAUUUGCACAGAGGGCAUUCCUAUUUUUAAAAUAUUUUGAAAACGCCUGGCUGAACAGAACUCUGGCCCUCCUACUCACACUCCCCUAAGUCAUUCCUGUGCCUCCUGGGCUCUUAAGUGUGGCUCUAAGGCUCUAAAUUCAACCCAUAAUGAUUCUCUCUAACUCACAGAUGCAGGGUCUCCUGGCACCUCCUUUGCUCUUGGGCUUCACUCUGUUCCUGCUGGCCUGUUUUUUCAUCCCCACAUUGGCCCUGGAACCUCACCCAGCUUGCUGUAGAGCCCAGUUCUCAGGGGAAAAGGCUUCCCCUGAGUGCCUCCUGCCUGGCUGGGCUGGGGGGUGGGCAGAGCCCUGGGCCCCAGGGGCCUUUGCUCUCAGGCACACACUCCCAUCCCAGUGCCACCGUGGCCAGGUGCAGGCCUAGUGGUGUCUGUCCUUCCCCCAGGGCAUUCCCUUCCCCAGGAUUGUGCAAUAGUUGGAGUGUCCCUCUCCCCAGUGGACUGGAUAGUGGGUGCUCACCUGUCCCCCUCCUCUGUGCAAGUGCUGUUUCGGGCAGGAGUCACCAUGCGAGGGUGACAUUGACAACCAUGUUCAAAGCCACCACAGCUGCUGCUGCUCUGCCGCCUGUACAGAAGAAACCGAAUCUUUUUCAUAUUCUAAUAAAUCAGUGUGAGUUUUUGAUAGA